AUGCGCAAGGAGGAACCGGAGAAGUCGCGCUUCGCGCACUUCCUCCAGCCCGUGCGGGACCUGGCGGCGAACUGGUCGAUCGACAUCGCGGCGGACCUCGAGGACUACCUCGAGGAGCUCGAGUCCUUCGUGUUCGCGAUCGGGGACGGCGGGGACUGCCGCCAGCUGAACUUCGCGGAGGCUGCAUUGGUCAUCCAAGGCUCUGCGCACGUCUGGGGCAAGAAGGUCGAGUACCUCCACGACCUGGUCCACCAGGCGAUUGCGUACAUCAACGGGCGCCGCCGCAAGGACAAGGGCGCCGGAAACAACCGCGGCGGAAAGGGCGAAGGCGAGCUCCGGGACGCGCCGUGGGACGAGGAAGAGAACUUCUUGACUCUCGAUGACGCAAUCGAGGAGGGAGACACCGGCGCCAUUGAUCUUGACGACGACGACGAUGCCGACGCUGACGCCGUCGGGCGACGCAAGGCGGAGCCUUCGAUCCUCUCGCUGCUCCAGCUCGGGGACGGCCAGGGCGAGGACGGCGGGGCCGCGCGCAUGUCCGCCUGCCCCGUCCACCUGCCCUCCGGCGCCCUGCUAAUCGACGAGCUCGAGGGCAAGACCUUGGAUGAGCACAUGCAGCGGGUGUCUCCGCCGGCGGACGACGCCGCGACCGCCGCGGCGCCGGAGGCCGCGCAGGGGUCGCCGUCGCUCGCCCCGAUGACCUUCGGCAGCCCCGUGUUCGGCUGCGUGGAGGCGGGGGGGGUGGCGGGGGCGGACGGUGCCGCCACGCCGGCGCCGGGCGGUGCAGAGGGCGGGCUGAACCUCGGGGGCGGCGCGGAGGGGUGCGUUGCGGCGACGCCCGGGUUCGGGUCGGACGGGGGGUUCGCGGAAGAGGGGGGCUUCGGAGAUGGCGACGGCGAUGACGGCGGUGCGGUGAGUCCGCGGCUGGAGGGGGAGGAGCGCGCGGCGGCCGCGGCGGGGGCGGAAGACGAGGAGGACGAGGAGGAGGACCCGUGGGAGCCGCUGGAUCCCGACGAGGAGAGCGCGACGAUGAAGAACAAGCCGUACCGCAAGGGUGCGGCUCGGAUGUGGUCGCGGCCCCGCGGUAAGGCCCCGUCCGCCGACGCCCCCGUCCCGACGGCCUCGGCCGACGGCGUCGCGGCGGUGCUGGCGUGGAUGCGGCCUACGGGAGGCGCCGGGGGGGCCCUGGCGUCGCGCGACAUGGCGUACGCGUUCGCCAAGCUGCGCAAGGACACGCGCGCGCGCCGGAGCGAGUCCUCGCGGGGCGUCCGGCAGGCCACCGGGGAGGUGGUGGAGCCUGACAUGGCCGACGACGACGGGGGGGGGUUCGAGGAAUUCGGGGGCUUCGGCGACGACGGCGGCGACGACUGGCCGGGCUUCGCGACGGAGGAGCGCGCGCUGGAGGGCGACCUCGUCCACGACCUGGAGCCGCUGCCGGAGAUGGAGGUGGGGGGGAGUUUCCUGCUGGGGCGCAUGGGGGGGGUUUCGGCGGCCGGUCCGUCCCCGCAGGCCGGGGAGCGGACGCCCGGGGGGUCGACGCCGUACACGAAGCUCGUGGAGCGGUACCUCUCGGACAUGCAGUCGCGUGCGGCGGCGGAGCAGCGCCUGACUCAGUUGCAGCGCAACGUGGACACGUGGCGGGCCAAGGUGGAGCCGGCGCUCGAGGAGCAGGACCGCCGCGGGCCGUUCGACCUCCACGACACCGCGCGCGGGCUCGUGGAGCGCCUCGCGCGCGUGACGGUCGCGGAGGAGGACGUCGCAGAGCGCAUGGUGGCAAGCGCGGACGCGGAGGAGGCGGCGAGGGGCGUGCGCGGGUGGCUGCGCGACAACGGCAAGCCGGAGCACGUCCCGUUCGCGUCGAUCGUGGAGGGCGAGGGGCGGCACGGCGUCGCGCGGGCCUUUGCCUCGCUGCUGCAGCUGUGCAACGCGCGCAACGUCGACAUCGUGAUCGACGACGGCGCGGCGGACGACGCGGCCCCGGCCGCCGCACGCGCGCCGCGGGCGGCCGCCAAGCAGCCCGCGGUCAUGAAGGGUGUCGCAGGCCCGUCAGACCUCAAGUUGUAUUUCCGGUCGUGCCGGAACCCUGGACACGACCUGGGCUCGGACGACGUCGCGGCAGGCGGGAUCCUCGGUGCGCCGAAGCGCGUGGAGGCUCGCGUCGACCCCGUCGAGCUGGAGGUGUUCGAGGCCGCGCGACGCGCGCGCGAGGAGGACUGGAGGGGUGUGGAGUCGGAGGCGGAGGUGGCGGCGAAGGACCAGGCGCGCGUGCAGCUCGGGGGGCGCCCUGCGCGUGGCGGCGGCCGGGGCAGGGGCCGCGGGCGUGGCCGCGGAGCCAAGGUGGCGCGCGUGGACGAGGGCGGCGAGGGAGAGGGCGCAGACGACGCGGUGGCGCGCGGGGCGGCGAAGAAGCAGCCUCUUGGACAGCGGAAGAACCUGCCGAAGGAGAGCGGGGCCGCGGCGGCGAGCAAGGCGGCGGGCGGCGGGGCGCAGGUUGAGGGCGCGUCGCCCGCGGCGGUGAAGACGAAGAGGGCGAGGCGGGGCUGA